AUCUUUCUAUAUAAGCCACACAAGUCCCUUACUUUCAUGCCGAGCUCAGCUCGGUAAGGUGCAGCUUUAAUUUUUUGUCUCUUUGCGACAAAGACAAGCGACGAACAAACGAAUAAAUAACUCACUUAUCCGGAAUGCCCCCUAAAGGAAAAAAACAACAAAGCACCUUGGGUCGUGCUGUUAUUAAAUCGCGAUUCCAAGGUCAACGUGCCAUUAAAGUCGAUGAAGGAAGACUGCAUACAACAGAGAGUGAAGAACCCAAUUGGGUGAAAAUGCAGAGUAUUACACAAGAGAACGAUCUUGAAGCCUUUCUCAGUACCGCAGCAUUGGCAGGAACCGAAUUCACUGCAGAAAAGCUCAAUGUACGCGUGGUACAGGAUUCCUACAAAAACCCGUUCUUAUUGACCGAAGAAGAAGAAAAGAACACGAUCGCCAAACACAUUGAAAAUAUCGACAAGCUAACAGUACCUCGACGACCUCAUUGGGACAAGAGCAUGACGGCUGACCAGUUGCACCGAUCGGAGCGAGAAAGUUUCUUGGAAUGGCGACGUGGAAUGGCACAAUUGGAAGAGGAUGAAGGAUUAUUGUUGACACCCUAUGAAAAGAACUUGGAAGUAUGGCGACAACUGUGGCGAGUUAUUGAACGAUCUCAGUUGGUGGUUCAGAUUGUGGAUGCAAGAAACCCGUUGCUGUUUCGUAGUGCCGAUUUGGAAAAAAGUGUCAAGGAAGUGGAUCCAAACAAGAAUAAUUUAUUGCUUAUCAACAAGGCAGACUUUCUGACCGAAAUGCAAAGACGGAAAUGGGCAGAUUAUUUUGACUCUCAAGGCAUCCGGUACACUUUUUUCUCGGCAUCCCUGGCAGCCAAGGAGCAAGAAGAAGAACGACUGGCACAGGAAAAGGAGGAAUACGAAAAGGCAUUGAAAGCAGAAAAGGCACAACAGUGGGAUGAUGAAAGCGAUGAUGACGAUGACGACGAUGUGGAAGAAAGCAGCAGUAACCAUAGUCAAGCGGACAAGGAGGUGUCAGAAGAAUUGUCGAAAACGACCAUCUCUUCUUCUUCACAAAAUAAAGAGGAACCAACAGAAAAUGUUGAUGAACGUAUUCGUAUUCGCACAACUACCGACCUACUUGACUUGCUCAUUGCCGAAACACCCAAACAGCAAGGCGAGGAUGAGGAAGGAGAAGAACCCAAAAUCAUGAUUGGUCUGGUGGGUUAUCCAAACGUUGGUAAAUCCAGUACGAUCAAUGCAUUGAUUGGAGAAAAACGUGUGUCUGUGUCCUCCACGCCCGGUAAAACCAAGCAUUUCCAAACGAUCCACUUGACGCCAAAGCUGGUUCUUUGCGAUUGUCCCGGUCUUGUUUUCCCCACAUUCUCGACAACCAAAGCGGAUCAAGUCUGUAACGGCGUUUUACCGAUUGAUCAACUGCGUGAACAUACGGGACCAACCACGCUGGUAGCACAACGGAUACCACAGCCAGUUGUUGAAGCCACCUAUGGUAUACGGAUCAGGACACAGCCCAAGGAGGAUGGUGGCACGGGUAUCCCCACCAGUGCCGAAUUAUUAUCUGCCUAUGCCAUUGCCCGAGGCUACUUUAGAUCCAGCCAAGGCAAUCCAGACGAAGCGCGUGCAGCUCGUUACGUUUUGAAAGAUUAUGUCAACGGCAAGCUGCUGUACUGCCAUCCACCGCCUAAUGUAACAACUGACCGCGAACACUUUAACGACGAACACCACAAGGCUGCUUUACAAACGACCAAAAAACUGGCGCCCACAACACGUGUGCCUGCUUCGGCAUUGAACUAUGUAGCACCUGCCGGCAAUUCGCCUACCAAUGUAGCGCGUGGAUCCAAGACUGAAGCUGUCGACAAGUCGUUUUUCAAUAAUCACAUGGCAGCACCCACCGUACGAGGCAAAGCUGCCGCAUCGAUGCGCGGUGGGUUUUCGCGAGUCACAUUAUAUCCGCACCAACAGGUAACGGGAGACGAUGGCUUGCCCUUGCCGCAAGGAAGAAAAGAACGCAUGGCAAUGGUGCAGCAGAAUGCCCAAGAGUCGGGACUGGCUGAGGGAAAUGGCAAGAAGCAUCACAAGAAGGGCAGAAAGAAUCAAAAGAGUCGUAGUGGUGCCGGUUAUAGCGAUUACUUGUAAAAAAUAAAAAAUUGAUAAAAUCCCCCCCUCCCCCCCCACAAAAGUGACAUCACCCCGCUCUCU